AUGGCUUCAGAAAAAUUGGUGAACCUACAGGAGGAGGUGACCUGCCCCAUUUGCCUGGAGCUUCUAACAGAGCCCCUGAGCCUUGACUGUGGCCACAGUUUCUGCCAAAUCUGCAUUACUACAAACAGCAAGGAGUCUGUGACUGGCCAAAAUGGGGCAAGAAAGUGCCCUGUGUGCAGAAUGAAUUAUGAAUCUGGGAAACUGAGGCCUAAUUGGCACCUGGCCAACAUAGUGCAGAGGGUCAGGGAGGUCAAACUGAGCCUGCAGGAGCAAGAGAAACAUCUCUGUGCUCACCAUGGAGAGAAACUCCUGCUCUUCUGUGAAGAGGAUGGGAAGGUCAUUUGCUGGCUUUGUGAGCGGUCCCAGGAGCACUGUGGUCACCCUACAUUUCUCAUGGAGGAGGUCACCCAGGAGUACCAGAAAAAACUCCAGACAGCUCUGGAGAGGCUGAAGCAAGAGCAGCAGGAAGCUGAGGAGUUGGAGUCUGACUUCAGAGAAGAGACUGCUGCCUGGAAGAAUCAAACACAACAUGAGAGACAAAAUGUCCAGGCAGAGUUUAAAAAACUGAGAGCAAUCCUGGACAGUGAGGAGACGAAGGAACUACAAAAGCUGAAGAUUGAGGAGACAGCCACUCUGUGUACCAUGGCAAACUCUGAGAAUGAGCUGGCCCAGCAGAGCCAGUUGGUGAGAAAUCUCAUCUCAGAAAUAGAGCAUCGUCUGCGGGGGUCAACAAUGCAGAUGCUGCAGGAUGUAAAUGACAUCUUGAAAAGGAGUAAGACUUUGACUCUGAAGAAGCCAAACCCGAUUCCCAAGGAACAGAGAAGUGUGUUUCGAGCUCCUGAUCUGAGAGACAUACUGCGAGAGUUUAGUGGGCUGAGAUAUAUGCAACGCUACUGGGUUGACGUGACCGUGAGUCAUACAACGGGUAAUCGAAAUAUUGCCAUUUCUGCUGAUCGAAAACAAGUGAUAUAUGUGUACAAAGACCAAAGAAAUAAUCGACGUUGGGAAGAAGUUGAUUACGAUUAUGGUGUCCUGGGAUCCCCAGUUAUCACAUCAGGGAGACAUUACUGGGAGGUAGACGUGUCAGAAAAACGUGCCUGGAUCCUGGGCGUGUAUGGUGAAAAAGCUGAUGGAAAUCAUCAAUAUGUUUACUCGACAUACCAACCUAGAAAUGGCUACUGGGUCAUAGGGUUAAGCUAUGAUUCUGUAUAUAAUGCUUUUGAUGAGUCUUCCUCCUCAUAUCCCAUGAUCUUAACCCUCUCCCUGAGUGUUCCUCCUCGUCGUAUUGGGAUUUUCCUAGACUAUAAUGCUGGCACACUCUUAUUUCUCAAUGUCACAAACCAUGGAUUUCUCAUUUAUAAAUUCUCUUCAUGUUCCUUUCCUCAAAACACAUUUCCGUAUUUCAAUCCUAUGACCUGUAAAGUCCCCAUGAAUCUGUGCUCGCCAAGCUCUUGA